CUUUUACAGUUAAAAACUUGUCUAUUGAACUUAAAAGUUUGUGACCGGAAGAAUAAAGAGAAGAAGUAUGGAAGGACAUCGUGGUGGUCCGGAUAUGAGACACAAUAAGGCUGGCCAAGACGUUGUUGGUCAAGCUCAGAUGAAGAAGGAUGAGUUGAUUGAGGAGGCUUCCAUUGCUCCAAGGACAGCCCAAGACAAAGCAUCUCAAAUCGCAAACCAAUCCUCCCAAGAGACUAAGGAUCAAGCUGCAGGUUUCCUUCAACAGUCUGGGGAACAAAUGAAGAACUUGGCACAAGGGGCAGCUGAUGCUGUGAAGAAUACUCUUGGAAUGAAUAACACUUCUAACACCAACACCUCCAGCAACCCUUCUCACAAGAUGUAGUGAGGGAGACUAGUGAGAAUUAUAUGAGAAUCUGAUGAUUAUGAAUUUUGGAAUUUAAAACUUUAAAUUGGUGUUUGUUUAUUUGUUAGUUAGUGAUUAAUAAAAGUUUUGUAGGGUUGGUUAUAUAAAUGGAAUGCAAUG